AUGUGUGGAAUUUUUGCAUACCUUAACUAUCUUAAUGUGAAGGACAGAAAGACGAUUAUUGACAUCAUUAUAAAUGGGUUGUCUCGUCUAGAAUACCGUGGUUAUGACUCAGCAGGAAUAGCCGUGGACGGCGAGAGUUCCGAUGAAGUUUAUCUCUUCAAACAAGUAGGAAAGGUUGCCGCCUUAAAAAAACUAGUAUCAGAGCAGAAAAUUGACUUUGAAAAACAGUUUGUUAAUCACUGUGCUAUGGCUCAUACUCGUUGGGCUACUCACGGUCAACCUUCAACGACUAAUUCUCAUCCUCACCGAUCUGAUCCAAAGAAUGAAUUCACCGUGGUUCACAAUGGCAUUAUCACAAAUUAUAAAGAAUUAAAAACCUUUCUAGAGAAUAAAGGUUAUCACUUUGAAUCUGAUACUGAUACGGAAGUUGUUGCUAAACUUGCUAAGUAUAUUUAUGAUACCCGAAAUCCUAAUCAACCCUUAAGUUUCACCGAACUUGUCAAAGGUGUUAUUAAAAAAUUGGAAGGUGCAUUUGCCUUGAUCUUUAAGAGUAUUCAUUAUGAACACGAAAUGGUAGCAACGCGGCGCGGCUCUCCUAUUUUGGUUGGUGUUAAAACUGCGAAAAAAUUAAAAGUAGAUUUCGUUGAUGUCGAAUUUGGUACUGUACAUGAAAAAAUUCCAGAUACUCUUGAUACAGGAAACAGCCUAAUGCCUCCUACGGAUGGUGUACCAAAACUCAGGCAUAGUCAAUCGCGUACUUUUCUAAGCGAAGAUGGACUUCCUCAGCCUAUUGAAUAUUUCUUCGCAUCUGACCCUUCCGCUAUCGUAGAACACACAAAGCGUGUUCUCUAUCUUGAAGAUGAUGAUAUUGCUCACAUCAGUGAAGGAGACUUACAAAUUCACCGUUUAAAAAGCAAUGAUGGAAUGUCAGCUGUUCGUUCUAUCGAAACCUUAGAAUUAGAAUUAGCCAAAAUUAUGAAAGGUUCUUUCGAUCACUUUAUGCAAAAGGAAAUUUAUGAACAACCUGAAUCAGUGGUCAACACUAUGCGUGGUCGUGUCAACUUCGAUAGUUAUAAGGUUACUCUCGGCGGUCUCAAAGCAUAUUUGGCAACAAUUAGAAGAUGUAGACGUAUAGUAUUUAGUGCUUGUGGUACUAGUUAUCAUUCGUGCUUGGCCACUCGAGCUAUUUUUGAAGAAUUAACGGAGAUUCCUGUUUCUGUGGAGUUGGCUAGUGACUUUUUGGAUAGAAAGUGUCCUAUAUUUAGAGAUGAUGUUUCUGGUGAAUUGAAACAUGGGCCCUUGGCACUUAUCGAUUCGGAUAUGCCU